AUGAGCUCAAGGUCUCGUGGACGCGCCCAGCCGACCGUCGCUAUUCCUAACGUUCUCCGUGAUGGACCACACUGGCACGACCCACAUAGCACAUGCACCAGCACGGGGAGCGGAAGGCUACCGACGACGACAACAAGAGAGCCUUGGACGGGUGCCCACAGCGUUGAGGACUACCUGCCAUGCCCCCUUGCUGUCAUUUGUCUCCUGCUGCCCAACAAGCUCUCGGCGAGCCUGACUAGCCGCUCCCCAAAAUCAUCCACUACCUCCUGGACUACAGUGCCACUGAGUCGCCUCGAAGGGACUGCCAAAACGUCGACUGCCGGCCAACCGAGCAGCAGCCACAGAUUUUCGUGGCCGACGACGCACAGUUCUCCAAGCAGUCACUUCUCGCUUGCUACAUUAAGCCCCAGCGACCAGUUCAACUCGACACUGCUCGAGUGGCUAACCACCUCAAUUGAAGACAUCGCCAACACGGACGGGUUCCUCGACGAGGAGUUCCCUCCUGAGAAGCUGCUGGCGCCUGGGAAGAGCUCGCAAUGGCUGUCCAGAUUAUGA